CAUACCUACAUUUUUCUUUUUUUCUAACUAAUAAUAAAUCACCAUUCUUUCUUUUGGCGAAUUCCUUCCUAAUUACAGUUUUUCUCCUUCAUUCAAUUCUCACAAUCAGGUAGAAUAAAUUUCAAGUUGCUGUUGUUUGAAGAGCAAAUAUUUUUGCAAGUCUAUGCUUCACAUCUGAAAAUGAUAUUUCAGGAAGCUUGUGUUUAAUGGAAAGCUCACCCCACACUACUGAUAAGAAAACUUUGAAGAGGUGGUUUUUUAUUGAUAAAACUGUUGGAUAAAGAGUGAUCAGAUCAUAUCUUUUUUUUCGUAUAGCUAUUUAAUCACAUGGAUUUGAAGCCAAAAAGUGGUUCUCCUGUUCUUGCUGAUACUGCUCCAAUAAACAAAUCUAGAUUAGGAAUCCAGUCCAAUAUGUUUCCUUGCUCACAAUCCGGACCUUCAUUUUCCUCGAGCAUUAAAUCAGGUCCAAGAAAGAAGCCUGGUAAGCUUGAUGAUGUACGUUCAAACGGUUGGCUUGAUGCCAUGCAGUCUUCUUCACCUCCUCGUAAGAAGAUUGUUAAAGAUUUUGGUGUUGAACUUGCGGCUGAUGACAGUGAUAUAGUUUAUAACUCUUGGAUGCUUAAGUACCCAUCAGCUCUGAACUCUUUUGAUCACAUCAUAAACCGUGCAAACGAUAAAAAGGUAGUGAUCUUCUUAGAUUAUGAUGGGACACUCUCACCAAUUGUAGAUGACCCUGAUCGUGCUUUUAUGUCUGCCGAUAUGCAUUCUGCUGUGAAAGGUGUUGCAGAGUAUUUUCCAACAGCAAUAAUUAGUGGAAGAAGCCGUGAUAAGGUUCGCGAGUUAGUAGGACUAGCAGAACUAUAUUAUGCAGGUAGUCAUGGUAUGGACAUCAUGUUUCCUGCUGAGGACACAUCGUCUAUUGACCAGUCGAGUUAUAUUAGAUCUACUGACAAGCAGGGUAAGGAAGUGAACUUGUUCCAGCCUGCUAGAGAGUUUUUACCGAUGAUUGAUGAGGUCUUUAAAAUCCUUGUCGAGGUUACUAAAGAUAUUCCAGGCACAAAAGUGGAAAACCACAAAUUUUGUACCUCUGUGCAUUACCGUAAUGUAGAUGAGAAGAGUUGGCUUAUGGUUGCACAACGCGUUCAUGAUGUCUUGAAAGAGUAUCCUAAAUUGCGACUAACACAUGGACGGAAGGUUUUAGAGGUUCGUCCUGUCAUUGAUUGGGAUAAAGGAAGGGCUGUUGAGUUUCUUCUUGAAUCACUUGGGCUAAGUAACAGUGAUGAUGUGCUUCCGAUUUAUAUAGGCGAUGACAGAACAGAUGAAGAUGCAUUCAAGGUUUUGAGAGAAGGAAACCGUGGAUUUGGAAUUCUUGUGUCGUCUGUGCCCAAAGAAAGCAAAGCCUAUCUAUCUUUAAGAGACACUUUGGAGGUGGCUGAGUUUCUCAAGAGCCUGGUGAAAUGGAAGCACCAUGGGGAUACAAAACCAUCAGAUGAUAUGAGUACAGAUAUCUGUGUUAAAAUUUAGUGUGUGGUGAAUAAAUGGUGGUCUGUGGGAACUGCAGGCAUAUCUAGCAAAGAAUGCAUCCCUUUUUGUUUUUUGUUCAAGUGUUAGUUCCUUAGAGUCAUCAAGGCAACUCGGAAUAUUCUGUGUUUGUUUCAUUGUUUGGUUCAUAUAUCUUUAUUUCUAUUCUUAUUUUGGAGCUUU